AAAGACUACAUAUGACGCUCUUUGUCCUGUUGACGUUAUUCUAGUAGGAUCAAUUCCCUUGCUACGUCACUUCAAGUAUCACAGUGAGGGCGAUGUGCAUCACGUAGCAGUCAGCUGGCUGCCUCGUGAGCACCCUUCCUACCGUACCCAAUAUCUGCCCAACUUCAGAGCCCGAUACUUCAUGUGCACAAUCAAGACCGGCCUCUCCGCACCCGCUUCAUUCAAAAUAACUUCGCCUCAACACACCGACGAUGGCAUGCCUUACAAGUACACCACAAGGACUUGAGGCCCUCCUCCAGGGGCUCCGCCUCGAUCCUUUGCCUCAGUAUGCAUCAAACGAUGCUCUUACUAAGCCCGUUGAAAUAUGGAGGUCAUAUUUCGCAAAGUUCCUUUCAACAGUGGUAGAUUGUGAUGAGGCUGUGAUCCAAGAGGCUAUCAGUUCAACAACUGAGACCUCGCUUGGAGACUUGGCGCUCAUUCUCCCUCGCCUCAAGCUGAAGGAUAUUGACAACAACGGUCUAAAGACACUGGCUUUCGAGAUAGGUCACAGGCUCCCUUCCUCUCCGCUUUUCUUGGCACCCUGGGUCGAUGGCAUCCAUCUUCGGAUGUUCUUCUCUCCAGAUACUCUCCCCCGGCUCCUUCUCCCGUACAUCAGCGACCGAAAAUCGCUGUACGGUCAUGAUCUAUCCCAAGGUCUCCGGGAUCCCACAUCGCCUGGUCAAGGCAAGAAGAAAGUCGUCGUGGAAUUCUCGUCCCCAAACGUUGCCACCGAUUUCGAUGGAAACCAUCUUCGAAGCACCCUCAUCGGCGCUUUUGUUGCCAACAUCUACGAAGCUAUGGGAUGGGAAGUGGAACGUCUGAACUACCUCGGGGACUGGGGCAAGCAGAUCGGUUUACUUGCAGUUGGAUAUGACAGGUUCAGCUCUGAGGAGGAGCUGCAAAGUGGCGGUAUUCAUCACCUUCUAGACGUCUACGCCAAGAUCCAGGAAAUCUUCAGACCAGAACAAGAUGCAAGGGACAAAGCGAAGCAUGACAAACAGAACACUGCGGAUAUCGAAGGGAAGGGCAUCUUCGCUGAAAGAGACGCAUUUGUCAAGAAGCUGGAGGAUGGGGAUGAAACAGCCCUUGCGCUGUGGAAGCGCUUCCGAGAUAUCACCAUUGACGAACUCAAACUCGGGUAUGGACGCCUUGGUGUUGAGUUCGACGAGUACUGGGGCGAGUCGGAGGUUCAGCCGAAGACAAUUGCUGAAGUCGAAGGCACCCUCAAGGAAAAAGGCGUCCUUGAGGAGAGCGAUGGGUCGUGGAUGAUCGACUUUGUCAAGCAUGCUGGGAAGAAAGGCCUCGGUACGCAAAUCGUCCGAGGCCGCGAUGGCUCCACACGCUACCUCCUCCGAGACAUUGCUGGAGUGCUCGAUCGCUCACGCAAGUUCGCAUUCGACAAGAUGAUCUACGUUGUAUCUGCAAGGCAGGACAAUCAUUUCCAGCAGUUGUUCACAUCAUUCGAUCUGAUGGACCGCUCGGAUCUCAAAGGCAAGCUUCAGCACGUCAAUUUCGGUGCCAUCCACGGGGUUGAGGGUAGUCUGCUCUCCAAAAUUCUCGACCAGUGCGCGGUUCGGAUUCAUGACGCCUUGCGAGAGGAGCAUGGUGACAGUGACAUCGACAGCGACGGUCUGGGAUCCGUCAGUGACGUGUCCCUGAUCAGCGGGUUACUUGCCCUAGACAUGUCUGGAAGGAGAGGGCAUAACUACACCUUUGACCCCAAGAAAAUCGCAUCAUCCAGUUCCCACACGGGCUUGGUGCUGCAGGCAUGUCACGGAGUGUUGAAUGCCUCGAUCGACAGGUUGACCACUGACGAGGUCGAGGCUGCUGAGGCAGACUACGCCACUUUGAGUGAUGACGACUCUGCGGAUUUGCUACGGCUCAUGGCACAAUUUCCCAACGUUGUUGUAGCAACAUACAAGUCCUUGGAGCCGCACACGCUCCUCGGCUAUUUGUACAAGGUUGUGAGUUCGUUGUCUAUGCUGGGUGACGAACAAGAUGAGGAGUUUGAAGGCGACGGUGAGGAGGGGGGUCCUAGCGAUCUGGGUGAGAAGAGUUUGGAGGAAAAGAAGGCAAAGCUAGUCCUGUACCAGAAUGCACGGCAGGUCUUGGAGAAUGGGAUGAAACUACUAGGGUUCCCAGUUAUUUCUUAGUGUGAGGGUUUUGAGCGAAUUGAUGUUGAUGUUUCUUGGAAGAUGUGUUGCUAGUCAAGCUAUACCUCAGUAUGCCGAGUGGAAUUUUAAACGCUGUGA